UUUUCUAUUGCUCGUCUCCUUCUGAUUUCCAGCUUUUUCUUUUGCUCUUCUCCUGCUGAUCUCCAGCUUUUUCUUUUGCUUCUCUCCUGCUGAUCUCCAGCUUUUUAAUUUUUGCUCGUCUCCUGCUGAUCUCCAGCUUUUUCUAUUGCUCGUCUCCUUCUGAUUUCCAGCUUUUUCUUUUGCUCUUCUCCUGCUGAUCUCCAGCUUUUUCUUUUGCUUCUCUCCUGCUGAUCUCCAGCUUUUCUUUUGCUUUUCUCCUGCUGAUCUCCAGCUUUUUCUUUUGCUUCUCUCCUGCUGAUCUCCAGCUUUUCUUUUGCUUUUCUCCUGCUCAUCCCCAGCCCUUUCUGUUUCUUUUCUCCUUCUGAUCUCCAGCUUUUCUUUUGAUUUUCUCCUUCUGAUCUCCAGCUUUUCUUUUGAUUUUCUCCUUCUGAUCUCCAGCUUUUCUUUUGAUUUUCUCCUUCUGAUCUCCAGCUUUUCUAUUGCUCUUCUCCUGCUGAUCUCCAGCUUUUUCUUUUUCUUUUCUCCUUUUGAUCUCUAGCUUUUUUUUGCUUUUCACCUGCCAAUCUCCAUUUUUUUAUUUUGCUCUUCUCCUGCUGAUUUCCAGCUUUUAUUUUGCUUUUCUCCUGCUGAUCUACAUCUUUUUGUUUUGCUUUUCUUUAACUGAUCUCCAGCUUUUUCUUUUGCUUUUCUCCUUCUGAUCUUCAGCAUUUCUCCCGCUGAUCUCCAGCUUUUUUUAUUUUCUUCUGCUGAUCUCCAGCUUUUUCUAUUGCUCUUCUCCUGCUGAUCUCCAGAUUUUCUUUUGCUCUUCUCCUGCUGAUCUCAUGAUCUUCUCCUCUUGCUGAUCUGUGGGCUGAUCAGCUGCUCUUCUCUUCCUGCUGAUCUCUUGCUGAUCUCCAGCUCUUCUUCUCUUGAUCUCAGCCCUUCCUCGCCCCUCCACCUGUUUUUAAACAUCAUGAACGCGCUCAGCUCUGGAUGAAGAGAAUCAAAACUGUGGUGACGGCCCACAAGCGAGCGCCGGCCUCCAGGCAUGUGAGCCACUGUGAGGUGGAGCUGGCCGGCUAAAAGAUGACUUUGCUGGCUGGGGAUGGCUCCGACUACGACUACAGCGCCCUGAGCUGCGCCUCGGACACCUCCCUCAACCCACCGCCUGUCCACGAGUGCGAAGCCCUCAAGGGAGUCUUCUACAAGAGGGCCCAGCGACUCCUCUCGCCCGACGCCGCCGAUGCCGCGCCCUGUCCGUCCGACGGCCAGCGGCUGCACGUCAUCAUCAACGUAGGAGGACUACGCUACCAGCUGCCCUGGACCACGCUGGAGGACUUCCCUCUGUCGCGCCUGGGCCAGCUGCGCCUGUGCAGCAGCUUCGACGAGAUCAUGCGGGUGUGCGACGACUACGACGUGACGCGCAACGAGUUCUUCUUCGACCGGAGCCCCUGCGCCUUCCGCACCAUCCUCACCUUCCUGCGAGCCGGAAAGUUGCGAUCGUUACGUGAAAUGUGCGCCCUCUCCUUCCGUGAGGAGCUCAUGUACUGGGGCGUUCCAGAGGAGAGUCUGGAGUGGUGCUGCCGGAGGCGCCUACUGCAGCGUGCCGAGGAAUGCAACGAGCUGGAAAGAGCUGCAGAAGAAGAGGAAGAGGAGGAUGACGACGACGACGAGAGCGAAGGAGGCCUGGCAGGAAAGUCCAGGCUUGGACGCUGCAUGGGAAAGCUGAGGGACAUGGUGGAGAAGCCACACUCGGGACUCCCUGGGAAAAUAUUUGCCUGCCUUUCGGUGCUUUUUGUCACCAUCACAGCCGUCAACCUGUCCAUAAGCACCAUGCCUGCUAUGAGGGAGGAGGAGGAAGAUGGAAAAUGUUCUCAGAUGUGCUACAACAUCUUCAUCGUGGAGACUGUGUGUGUGGCCUGGUUCUCUCUGGAGUUCACGCUGCGCUUCAUCCAGGACCGCAGCAAGCUGGCCUUCCUUCGGCGCCCACUCAACCUCAUCGACGUUGUGGCCAUCUUACCCUACUACAUCACUCUAGUAGUGGACAGCACCUCUUCAGGGGAGAAGCGGCUGGGCUCGGGGAACACCUACCUGGACAAGGUGGGCCUGGUGCUGCGUGUGCUGCGUGCCCUGCGUAUCCUCUACGUGAUGCGGCUGGCCCGGCACUCGCUCGGCCUCCAGACUCUGGGCCUGACGGCUCGCAGGUGCACCCGUGAGUUUGGUCUGCUGCUGCUGUUCCUCUGCGUGGCCAUUGCACUGUUCUCGCCUCUCCUCUACCUUAUCGAGAACGAGGUGGCAGCGACACAGGAGUUCAGCAGCAUUCCCGCCACUUAUUGGUGGGCUGUCAUCACCAUGACCACUGUGGGUUAUGGCGACAUGGUGCCGCGCAGCAUCCCUGGACAGGUGGUGGCGCUCAGCAGCAUCCUCAGCGGCAUUCUGCUCAUGGCCUUCCCCGUCACAUCCAUCUUCCACACCUUCUCGCGCUCGUACGUCGAGCUGAAGCAGGAGCAACAGCGGCUUCUGCAGCGACGGACUCACUUCUUGCUGCGCAGCCGAAUGGCCGGGCUGGGCAGCAACAUGUCGCUGGAGAGCGACGUCCAGUUCCCAAGCGCCUCGUCUGAUCCAAGAGACACUGAUGAAUGAUGUGGAGAGAUGCUGGGGACUAAACCAACUGCUUCAAUCUCGGCCUAAAUGGGUCAUUAUAUUUGAACUUUACCCAAGAGGACAUUGGAUCAGGACCUAAAGAUCAUUAUGGACCCUACUCAAGAGGGACUACGACAGUCUAGAGCCAUAUAAGCUGAUAUACAAGACCUAAAAAAGCUAGCUAGGUAUCAAAUCUAGCUAUGAAAGACCCUGAUGACUGUAACAACUGUGUACAAGGCAUGCUACACCAAUUUAGAGCCAUUGGGGGUGGCAAAGCUUAAGAGGGGCUUAAGAGUGGUUAAGAGUGCAUAUCAAUCGGAAUUACCAGUAAUAGCUACACCAAUCUGUAUUACGCCAUCCCCUUUUUUCGAAAGUGACUAAUCAGGACCUUAGAUUAAGACCCUUACCAGGAGAUGCUGUGAACUAAACUAGCUGCUUCAAUCUCAACACACUGUUUAAGAGCCUAAAUAAAGCAUUAUAUUUGAACUUUACCCAAUAAGACCUUGGAUCAGGACCUAAAGAUCAUUAUGGACCCUACUCAAGAAGGGGCUAUAACAGUCUAGAGCCAUAAGAACUGACCAAUACAAGACUUAUACUACGCCAAUCUAGAGCCAUUGGUUGAGAAACUGUAUACAAGUUUUAUAAAGAAAUCCCUUUUGGGGGAUUCCUUUGACUCAUCAGGUCAUUAGAUCAGGAUCAUUACUGGUUCUUAACAGGGUGGGCAGAGGAGGGGCUAUGCCAGUCUAGAGCAAUUGGUUAAGAGUGCAUACCAAUCUGAAUUAGACCAUCUUUUUUGAGAUUAAAUAAUCAGGACAUUAGCUCAAAAUCACUCAUAAUAAUUACUGGACCCUAUCAGACAUGGAUAAACCGUUUAAAAAUUUUGAAUAUCAUUAAAAAGUUACUUUAUUUUCCUUUAUUGUUGACGAUUAUGACUU